GGCAGGAAAAGCUGCCUGCUUGCUGACUGAGGUCUUCUCAAGACCGUCGCAACGGAGAAAAUGUUAAGAAACAGUCAGGGUAUGAGCUGCGGAACUUCCCACGCUUUCGAAAAAAGUUAGUGAAGAAAACGACUCUAUCAGGCAAAUGUGUGGCCAGAGCGGCUUGCUUUACAGUAGUAAUCACAAGAUCCCAGACUGCCGCCCUACCCUAAGCUCUGAGCAGGGGUGUGUCGGGGGUCCGGUUAUUGAAUGCAGAGCGCAUGUGUUUUCAAUUGCUAUCUGGAGCCAGCCCAGUAGCUGUAAGUUGGCCUGACAAAGACUUAUUGAAGUACGGACAGAGUGCAGUUUCAAAGCAACGAGAAAAAGAACGGGAGUGCUGUUCAGGAAAUUCUUCAGGCAUGGGCAGGGACUUGGCUGCACUUCUGCUGUUGGAAAAUCUGACAGGGGCAGUUUCUGAACACAGGCUAGGCCUCGUGCUGUUCUGAGAGCAGCACCGCAUCUUCUCGCGUCUCCCCUCCCCCUGUACUCGCCACACUCCGUUGCAUCUGGCGACUGAAAGAAAGAUGCCCCAAGAACAGUACGCACACAGGAGCGCCAUGCAGAGCGCGGAAGGCCCGCAGGUGUACAAAGUGGGGAUUUACGGCUGGAGGAAGAGAUGCCUCUAUUUCUUUGUGCUACUCCUAAUGAUUUUAAUCCUGGUGAAUCUUGCUAUGACCAUCUGGAUUCUCAAGGUUAUGAACUUCACAAUUGAUGGAAUGGGGAACCUGAGAAUCACAGAGAAAGGUCUGAAGCUAGAAGGUGAUUCAGAAUUCUUGAAACCUCUCUACGCCAAAGAAAUCCGGUCCAGACCAGGCAAUCCAUUGUACUUCCAAUCUGCCAGAAAUGUUACAGUGAACAUUCUCAAUGAGAAGACUAAAGUCCUUACGCGGCUUGUAACAGGUCCCCAAGCAGUGGAAGCACACAGCCAAAAAUUCGAGGUGAAAACCCUCUCUGGAAAAUUACUGUUUUCGGCCGAUGACAAUGAAGUGGUCGUGGGAGCAGAGAGACUCAGAGUUUUAGGAGCAGAAGGCACAGUGUUCCCUAAAUCUAUAGAAACUCCCAGUGUCAGGGCAGACCCCUUCAAGGAACUAAGACUUGAGUCCCCCACCCGCUCUUUGGUGAUGGAGGCUCCGAAGGGAAUUGAAAUUAACGCCGAGGCCGGCAACCUGGAAGCCACAUGCAGGACGGAGCUGAGGCUGGAAUCAAAAGACGGAGAGAUUACAUUGAACGCUGCAAAUAUCAAACUACCUAGAUUGCCUCUAGCAUCCCACUCUUCUGCGGGCUCCAGGCAGAAAAUCUACGAGCUCUGUGUGUGUUCCAACGGGAGGCUAUUCCUGUCUCAGGCAGGCGCGACUUCCACCUGCCAGAUAAACACAAGCAUCUGCUCUUGAGAGACGGUUCGCAGCCGGCAUUGCGGGCAGCACAAAGGCCCUGGUCUAGUCUCCCAGAGAGCAGCUGCCGCCUAUUUUGGCUAGAACACAGAAAGCCUAUCAAAGACUUUUUGGUGUGUGUGCGCGUGUGUGACUAUAUAUAUAUGAAUAUAUAUAGAUAUAUAUAAAAUAUAUAUAUCCUCUGUGUAAAACGAUGUUUCAGUACAAUGAAUCCCAGGGUGACCCUAUCACAUUCUGUCAAAUUGAACUCACAACGCCCUAUGCCCGUCUGUAGUGAUAUAGUCUAAUGGUCCUCCCCUAUUACGCACCGUCUCCUCAGAGCAAAGGGAACAAGUCUGCUUAAGUCAAUGGACUGGCGUAUCUGAGAUCAAAAAGGAGGAGCAAAGCGCUGAUCAUUUUUGCACCGUUACAAUCAGUCGCAACAAAAUGGCCGCCAAGGCAGAGCAAAUGGCCUCGAGAACUCUAAAACACCUGUCAUCAUAUUACGCUCUAUGUUUAAUCUAAAAUACAGUGGCCUAAUUGGGAGACUCCACACUGCCCUCCAGGAAAACAGGGUUUGGUUCCCAGUGCUGGUCUUCCCUACUUAGCCUUUGGAAUGGAGCUUGGAUGCGGUGUUGCCUGGGUUAGCCCCGAGCGCACCACCAGAUGCCUGAUUUGCCUCUGUGUCUGUAGGGACAGCCCCUUGCAGCUCCUGUUGGCCAUGAAUCGCCGUUCCCAGCCAAUGGGAGCAUUGGGAAGAGGUGCAGCUUGGACACCGUUUCCAGUAGCUGCCAUUGGCCAGGAACAACAAUCUGCAAGCAGCCGUACCUGUUGCCUCACAGAUAAAUAAGCAUCUAAUGGCCCAUCAGGGGCUAACCCUGGCGAAUCGCGUUCAACUCUUGGACCACUUUUUGCCCAACCCUACCCUAGAGUAUUCAGUUCUAUACUUUAGGGCUGUGUCUAGACUGGCCAGUUUUUCUGGAAAAUCAGUCGCUUUUCCGGAAAAACUUGACCGGUUGUCUACACUGGCUGCUUGAAUUU